AAUAGUAAUAGCAAUGCAGCCGUAAUGAAUAGUUUGAUAGUGGCGAGGGAAUCAAUAAGAUAACGGAAGGAUGCCAUGACCCCAAAGGACGUGUGGGAGCUAUUUAUAUUUCUCUCAAAUGUGGGUGAAAUCCCCUUAAUUAAUUAAUUAGUUCCUUGUUAGUGGAACUGCCUACCUUGAUAGGUAGCUACUUCUUUAAAUGUCCUUCUUUCCACUUAGGUGGGUUGACUACUACUGCAGAAAGGAGGAGUGCUGGCUGAUUAUUAUUCUGUUUCUAUUAUUAAAUGUAUUUGUUAUUGGGAUAUCUGCCGCCUUCAGUUACUUGUAACAAUAAUAAAGGCAGGAUACAAAUUAUAAUGCAUAAAUUUAUUUGCUGCUCAUCCUGCAGUUCAUGAUGACUGAGCAGCUUACAAUGUGAAAUGAUGUUAAGUGAGGAAUGUAGACCUUUGAAUACAAUAAAUUCAAGAAUACCUUUAAUUUAUCAGACUUAUAUCCUGCCUUGCUUACAGGAGGUUAAAGCGUCACACGUAAUGCUCCCUUCUAAAUUUUCCCUGCAACAAUUGCCCUAUGAGUAAAGUUGUGCUAAGAAAGAAUAACUGACCCAAAGUCACCUGAUGACUUUCUAUGCCUGAGGGUGGACUUGAACCUGCAUCGUCUUGCUCAUUGGCUUUAUUACCUAUAUGCCUAAGAAAUUCCCUUAGGCCAGAUCAGCUCCAUAGGGUCUGCCCUGAAUUGAAACAAGAGUUUCAGGCAGGGUUUUUUGUCCCCCUGUAUCUAGAUAUUUGAAAUGUUCCAAAUAUAAAAUAUGCAUUCCACCACAGAGUUGUGAUUGUUUCACGUGUGCUUAAGAAAGAAAGAGGGAAAAGAAACAAACAAGAAACAAAAUAAUAAUAUUCAAUUUAAAAAUCAGCUGAUUCAUAUUGCAUUCUACCUCAAAUUCGGAAAUCCUAGAUAGAACGGCUGAACUUGGAUUCCAAUAUGUAUUCAGAUUCUAUUCAGUCCAAUCUACCUCACUUAGUUGCAAAGAAGAAACAAAUAGAAGAAAAAGCAUCCUUGAAAGAAAGAUGGAAAUUCUUGCUAUUGUAGAGGGAUCACUACUAUCUAAAAACCCUCUCAUUCUUAUUUGUAUCAGAUGAGAUCAUAUUUCAUAAAAGAUUGAGCCAGAUGUUUGAGCUGCUCUUUCUAAUAUUCUGGCCUGCUUUGAUUACAUCAUCGCCACUUCAAGUGGAAUGGAAUACCCCAAAAGAGAGAUGGGCUUCCUCUCAGUUUUUAGUCAUUAGCUCUUCUGAGCAGUUUCUAAUUUACAUUCAAUAUUAGCUGGUUUCAUUUGGGAAACAAAUUCCUAAACUGCAUUUCUUUAUUUAUAAGUAUGAUAUUUUAGCACAGUUCUUGUGAUAGUAAUCCUGGAAAAUGAUACAGAAAUUUGGAGAAUCUUGUGGCAGCUUAAAAAGUAGUGUGUGGGGGGUUGUAUCUGUGUGUGCCUGGAGCAGAAACUCAGACGCUGAAUUCAUACUGUCAUCACAGAUUUGAAUUGCUCUUUUUUUUUAUAAGAACACAAAUGUGUUUCAUCUUAACUAGAUGUGGGUUUAAGACUGAUGUCUCUUUCUUUCCUUCUCUCUCCAGUUUUAUUACCACUGCCUCCAAAUGUCCCAUACUUGACAACAUGAUUGGCCCCUCAGUGGCUCUCUCAGAGCCCAGUAUUCCUGGGACAUUUUCUGUUUGAAGAAAUUAGGAUGGAACAUGACAACCCAACCAUCAAACCCCGUCGGAUCCAGAACCAAAAUGUAAUCUAUCGCUUAGAACGCCGAAGGAUCACCUCUGGCAAAAUCGGGACACACUGGCACCAAGUCCGCAUUUUUCAUCAAAACAUUUUCCCCAAUUUCACCGUGGUCAACGUUGAGAAGCCGCCCUGCUUUUUACGGAAAUUUUCCCCCGAUGGAAGAUACUUCAUUGCUUUCUCCUCAGAUCAGACUUCCUUGGAGAUUUAUGAAUACCAGGGAUGCCAAGCGGCAGAGGAUCUACUUCAGGGUUAUGACGGAGAGAUCUUGGCUAACGGCAACGACCAGAGGUCCAUCAAUAUCCGUGGGCGUCUCUUUGAACGUUUCUUCGUCCUUCUUCAUAUUACCAACGUGGCCUCCAAUGGUGAGCACUUGAACCGUGAAUGUAGCUUGUUUACAGACGAUUGUCGAUAUGUCAUUGUUGGUUCUGCUGCCUAUCUGCCUGAGGAGCCCCAUCCUCCCUUUUUUGAGGUUUACCGCAACAGCGAAUCAGUGACGCCUAAUCCCAGGUCUCCUUUGGAAGAUUAUUCUUUGCACAUUAUAGACCUGCACACGGGCAGGUUGUGUGACACCCGGACAUUCAAAUGUGACAAGGUCAUCUUAUCCCACAACCAAGGACUCUACCUAUAUAAGAAUAUCUUGGCUAUUCUCUCCGUGCAGCAGCAAACUAUCCAUGUCUUUCAGGUCACUGCUGAAGGCACCUUCAUUGACGUACGAACUAUAGGGCGCUUUUGCUACGAGGAUGACCUGCUCAUGCUCUCUGCCGUCUAUCCAGAGGUCCAGAGGGAUUCACAGACAGGGAUGGCCAACCCAUACAAAGAAAUCUGCUUCUCUGAGAAGAGAAGCAAAAUCACCCUUGGCAGAGAAAGCAGAAGUGGAAUGUUGAGUGUCCAUUUCGAAAUAAACAAAGCAAAAGAAGGCAUUGGAGGAAUUUCACCUAGCUUCGUAAACGAUUUGACAGCAGUUAAUAACCCAGUCAAAUCGGCUCUCCUUUCAGAUGAUGGAAAAUGCAAGGCAUGUGUGGCAAAAGAUAGGAUCCUUCCACAAAACGAGCUGUUUUCUUUUUGGUUUGCUGUGCGGUCGGCGGGAGUUGGCUUGCUCACCCGAAACGGCUGUCUCGUGUCUUACCCAACCGGCAAGCAAUUUUCUCCUUCCUUCUUCCAGCCUUCCUUCUUCGUGGUGUACAAUAUGGUGACUACCGAGGUGAUUGCCGUCUUUGAAAACACAUCGGACGAGCUGCUGGAACUCUUUGAGAACUUCUGCGACCUCUUCCGCAACGCCACCCUCCACAGCGAGGCCGUUCAGUUCCCUUGCUCGGCCUCCAGCAACAAUUUUGCCAGGCAGAUCCAGCGCCGUUUCAAGGACACCAUUGUCAACGCAAAGUACGGGGGACACACAGAGGCUGUGCGUCGGCUCCUGGGUCAACUUCCAAUCAGCGCGCAAUCAUACAGUGGCAGCCCUUACCUUGACCUCUCUCUCUUCAGCUAUGAUGACAAGUGGGUUUCGGUCAUGGAACGUCCCAAAACGUGUGGCGACCACCCGAUCAG